AUGUUGAGAAUCUUGAAAAUCUCCUCCCCAAUCACCAUUGCUGUCCAAAGCUCUCAAAGCCUUUAUAGAUCGGAUGGAGUAACACCGUUCAAUCCAACUGACACUGAGAUGUAUUUGUGGAGUGGAAGCGGUGUUCUUCAUGAUAUGCUUCUUAGUGGCAUUGGGAAAGACGGAACGGGUACUCGCUAUUUCGAAACACAGAAUAGCCAUGAGAUAGAAAGUGGCAUUCGGCAUUACGCAGUUUUGAGUUGGGCUUAUGUUUUCAUUUUGAGUUGUUGGGCUCUGAACCACUUGUAUGCCUAA